AUGCACCCCACAACAUCUCUCUUCGCCCUCCUCCUACUCCAAACAACCCUCGCCCUCCCAACCGCAAAAGACAACAAAGUCUUCGCCCCAACCCCUGACCUGCCCCCCGUCCCCGUCCAAGACCUCGGCAUCCACACGGGCAAAAUCGGCGUAGACAACGUCGACCUCUCGGCCCUACGCGUCGAUCCCGUCCGCGUCAUCAACAGAAUCCAGUCGUCGUCACAUUCUACCUCGUCUCUCCUCACUAAACGCCGAGACGUGCUACUUGAAGAAGAAGAUGGGCGGAUUACUAUCGCCAAAAACAAACGCUCGCAUAUCCAGGUUGAUCCGGUGGAGGUGAAUGUUCAUAUCAUGAGGCCUGAGGUGCAUACGAUGAGUAGUGGGAAGAGUGGCAAGGUGGAGGGGGUGCAGAGGGAGACGAGAAAGGGGGAUGAGGAUGUGUAG